AUGACCGACCUGAAGCCGAUUCAAGCCGAAACACACCGCCCCUUUGUGCUAAUCGUCUGUCACUCCUUAACGGGACACCUCUCUCCCCUAAUCCGCAUAGCUACAGCCCUUCAUGCAUUAGGCUGGGAGACCUUCUUCUUAGGACCGACCGCGCACCGUCGAGGUAUAGAAGCGACCGGCGCCGUUUUUUUGCCUUUACGAGAAGAUGCCGACCUCGACGAUAAGGCGUAUUAUGAAAACCCACCUUUUCCUGAAUACGCAGCACUGCACUGGGCUGACCGCGUGCUGGUUGAUCUGCGCAAGCAGUGUCUUGACCCUCUUCCUACGCAAUGGUCCUGCUUCGUAGACGCCUUGAGAGUAUUGCAGACUCGUGAUCCGGAGCGCAAGAUUAUCUUAUUAGCCGAGGCGUUCUUCUAUGGUACUUUACCGCUGUUCUAUGGCGCAUCACUUCCCCAUGAUUUGAAAUUGGAAGAAAUUCUGUUGGGAUCAUUGUGCGUAUCGGUGACUAUACCUGCGAUCCGUAGUGUCGACUUACCGCCUGCUGGGUAUCCCUUCCCCUUUGACUCGUCACCAGACGGCCGCGUGCGUAACGCAAAUCUUUGGGAAAGAAGUUGGGAGCGCAAAACCAGCUACCUAGCCGCACUCUUAGUCACUAAGAUGCGCGAGGCGGGUGCUGAUCGCUGCGUCGAUGAAAUAUUCCUCUCAGGCGCAAAUUAUCUGUGCCAUGAUACUAUCCUACAGCUUGGCGUUCCUGGGUUUGAAUAUCCACGCAGCGAUUGGCCUCCUGGCUUCAAGUUUGCAGGGCUAGUACAAGGCCCGCCACCGAGUUGCAAAUCCGGAGAACAGCCAUCCUCUCCUUCUCCUGCUCCUGCUCAUCCGCGUCGCGCCGCAAAAAAGAAGGUUAUCGUCGUCGCGCAAGGUACCGUAGAGAUAAACCCCUACGAUUUGAUCGUACCUACACUGCGUGCCUUCGCUAACCGGUCGGACGUGCUGGUUGUUGCCAUUCUCGGGUGGAAGGAUGCCAACCUAUCUAGCUACGGUGUCGAUAUUGAGAUUCCGGUUAACGCUCGUAUUGCUAACUACCUUUCGUACGAUGCGGCACUAGCCCACGCUAACGUAUGGAUACAUAACGCGGGAUUCGGCGCUGUGAACCAUGGUAUUGCGAACGGGGUCCCCAUGGUAGUCGCGGGCGAAGGAAUGGAUAAAACGGAAAACUCGCGACGAGUAGCCUGGUCCGGGAUCGGAAUCGACCUUGGUUGCGCGAAACCAUCAGUUGAGCAGGUUAGAGGGGGCGUUGAACGCGUGCUAGAAGAUGAACGGUUUACAGAACGUGUGCGGGAGCUACGGAAACAAAGCCAGGAGAUAAACUGCUUCGAUAUGGUUCACAGUGAACUAGUUAGGAUAAUGAAAACACGGCCUGGCAUUAAGCAACGGGGUCUAGAAUCUUAA